AGCACCACAGCGAGGAGGCCACACCGAGCCGGACUUGCUUUCGAGUCACCAAUUUUGUGGUAGAUUUCGUGGCGAACGGUCCUUUUUUCGAGCUCGCUCCCGUGUGUUGUACCGAGCUGGCGUGUUCGCAGUCUCAUACUGAGUCGAAGUACGGUGUUGCAAGUUGGCAAGCGCUUUAUACGACUACUUUAACGAACUUGAUUGUUCGAGGUGCGGAAUUGUAAAGCAAACAGCAAAGUGUCUACGGUGUUCGGCUAGCAUUUAUACGGACCAGGAUCCAAGCAGCCAGCAAACGAAAUCAAAUUGCGCGGUGCGAAACGCCUGUAAGCGACGAACCUCCGCCCGCGUGCCGAACUGUUUUGAGCGAUCAUCCGCGCCGACACUCGCGGUGAAGUGUUUGCGUUUUCGUCUUGCGCGCGAUAAGCCGGUACCGCGUUGACGUGUGAGCGAUCGUGUCGUGCCGAUGUAAAAUGAUGCCCCGAAACGGUGGCGCCCAAACAGUGGAUCAGAGCACCAGUGCAGCAGCGGCCGGAAAUCAGCCCCAUCGUCGGUGGUGGUGCUUUCGCGAUUGUCGCCCCUAAAGCCGCGUGCUGUGGGAGAGAGAUUUAGCGCAGUGAGACCGAGCUACGUACUUAUACACACACAGAAAAAACGACCAAAAAGAAAGCAACGUUCGGUGCAACGAGAAGCGCAAGAAAAGAUAAAAAGAACGGCCCCCCGAAAUGGUGCAUAUGGUGCAGCCAGUGAGAUGCAAGUUCGCGUUCGCGUUUCGCGGUGAUAAUAAUAAUGUGUAGCACCUCGCCGGUUACUGCCCUGUUGCCACCGCCAGCAGGAACCGUGUACUAACGAGCCGCAAUCAGUCCUGUGAGGGCGAUCCUCUGCCACUCUCUCUCUCUCUCUGCGAUCGUUUGGAUCGCAUAUCGCGCGGCAAAUCGGGCCCACGACAACCGAACGACGGCGACGGGCUUGUUGCGGGAAAAAGGAUUUAUUGUCCCCAAUCGUGAUCGGCAAACAACCCCGGCCCACAGCCCUUCCCCUUUUGCCGUGUGUGUUGGUGUGUAUGUGCCACAGUGAGCCUAUGCGUACCGAUCAGUGAGCGUGUGUGUGUGUUUGUGCUUGUGUGUGAGCGUUUGUUGAUGUGGGGCUUCGAGGAAGCGGCCAUCAGAAUCGUGAUUGUGCUCAGCAUUGUGCCAAGCCAUUCUUCCUCGCGAUUUUUUGUUUUACAUUCUCAGCAACCCACCUUCUCCCUUUGCUAUGCGCCCCGGACGUGUGAGAUCGAGUGAGGGCGAGUGAAGCAAUAACAACAACAAAAAGUAUGAAAUAAAAAUAAUCCUUAUACGCCACCCCUUCUGUUGCCCACCCCGUGGCCCUUUUUGCAAAACGAUCCCCCAGUGGUGCGUGAUUUCGGUUUAUGUGUCCUGUUUGUGUGUGUCUGGGAAUGUGUUUGUGCUGAUGUGCCGCGCGAGUGUGCGUCUUGCGGGCAAGUGCGGAGGAGUUCGUGUUCCCCAAGGAGGGUUCGUCGCUUGGUGAUGUUGUUGUUGCUGCAGUGUCGUUUAUUUUCCGUGUGCUGUUCGCCUGCCCGGAUUCUGUGAGGGAGGGAAAGAGAAAGAGUUUAUCGCACACAAAUAAAUCAAUUAUUAUAAGCUCCACACGCGCAGUGGAACGCGCAGUGAAAACAACGCAAAGAAGAUCGGCAAAAGCGAGCGUGUGCGUGUGUGUGUGAUGCGAUCGUGUGGGUGAAAAAUCGUGAACAAACCGAAAAUUGCUGCAAGUGUUUUAAAAAUGUUUACGCUGUGUUAGCGCUACGAAAAAGCAUUAAAGUGUCCCGCAGUGUGUAGUACAUAAAACUUCUAACGUGUGUGUACGAGUGGCUCUUGUGUAUGUGUCCUCUCGAUCAACAGCGGAAAAUCAAUCACAAAACUUAACCGAGCAGCAGCCAGGAAACGACCUCCCCCCCGCAAUCUGGUGUGGUGUUGCUGCACGUGGAAAAUGUUUGACGUGCGUACCGUCGAAGCGGGUGCCUGUUGUGAACAAGAGCGUGAUAGUGCGGACGGCGCAAUGUCAAUGACCGCGCGGCGACGGCGCGCCUUCCAGCGGCAGGCCUGUCUGCUGAGCGUGCUGGCCGCGUUUUCGCUCGGCCUGGCGCUCGGCGUGUUUGUGCCGCUGAUCGGCAUCUCGCAGGCCGCCUCGAAGGGUUCGAUCGUGGUGGACGGCAGUCCGGAGCAGGAGCCACAGCAGCCGGCGCUGCAGGCGCUCCAUCAUCCCGCACACCAGAUGCCACACUUUCCGACGAUCGACGACAUUCGCUCGGCGGACGAUGGGCCGAGGGGUCGGUACGCGUCCGUGUCGUUCAUUGCGGAGGAGAAGUUGACCGGCGAGGGUGAGGAUGUGCUCUUCCAACCGAAGCUGGAUGUUGAUGGGUUCGUGGAGCGAAAGCUUCCGUCGCCGGCCGCCUCGAUAGUGCAGCAAAUGUUGGCCGGCAGUUCGAAGAUGGCCCAGGCAGCGGUUCCGGAGCGACGUGAGUCGCGGGCGAGUAAGUUUGACGAUGCGGAGCGUGAAGAUGGCGAGGGCGUGAUACGGGAUGGCAUCUACUGGGGCCCGAGCGUGGAACGAGCCCUGCCUGAUGGCUUCGAUCAGCGGCAGAGCGAAUCUUGGGCGCGAUAUCUGCACGAAGCGGAGGUGGAGCGGCUCGAGAUCGGCUGUGGCCGUAUGCAGAACCGUUUGCUGGUGUUCCGGGAUGGUACGAGGGCUUGCGCGCGGUAUCGGCAGAACACGGACCAGAUCCAGGGCGAGCUGUUCUCGUUCUAUCUCGGCCAGCUGCUUAACCUGACCAAUCUUGCGCCGAGUGCGGCGUCCAUCAUCGAUCCCGAGGCGCGACUAUGGGCUGCGGCAACGGAAGAGCUGGCCGGCGCCCAGUGGAAACCCACCAAACCCGUCGUGAUCACCAAGUGGAUCGGGAACCUGGAGCCUGCCGGCAUCCCGCUACCGUUCCGGCCGCUCGAGCGACAUCUGAACCGAUUCGACGUGCGCAACAUCACCGAAGGACUCGACCGGCCGCGGGAUGGCGUGCGAAGGCUGCUGCUCGACCGACUCGGCCCGGCCCGAGACGGCCCAGCGGCCACUCCGGCCACGCCAUCGUCGAGCACGAGUACGCUCCCCUCGCAGCCUCCCACGCCCGAGGUGCUCGAGCGGCUGGUCGAGCUGGCCCAGUGGUCCGAUCUGAUCGUGUUCGACUACCUGAUCGCCAACCUGGACCGGGUCGUCAACAACCUGUACAACUUCCAGUGGAACGCGGACAUCAUGGCGGCGCCGGCGCACAACCUCGCCCGCCAGACCGACUCCUCGCUGCUCGUCUUUCUCGACAACGAGUCGGGCCUGCUGCACGGCUACCGGUUGCUGAAGAAGUACGAAGCCUACCACGGCCUGCUGCUCGACAACCUGUGCGUGUUCCGGCGGUCGACGGUGCGGGCGCUCGAGGCGCUGCGCGACGCCAGCGUCGGCCAGCGGCUGAAUGCGCUGUUCGAGCGCACGACGACGGCGCAGAUACGGGACGUGCUGCCGCCGCUGCCGGAAAAGUCCGUCAAGAUUCUAGUCGACCGCAUCGACCGGGUGCUCGGGCAGGUGCAGAAGUGUCGGGAAACGUUCGCCGACCGAUAGCCGCCGGGCCCGCCUGGUGCUGGAGGUGCAGUGGAAGCGGCCAGUCGGAGACAGGUGGGUGGGUGGGUGAGCGGCGCACGCGCCAUAAGACUGUGAGUCCUUUGUAUGAGCGAUGGGAAUUUAUUAUUAUUAUUAUUAUAUUAUUGCUAGUUUGCUAGUUGGUUGUUUUUUUAUUUUGCAUUUACAUUUACUGACUGUAAAGGUAGUGGUAAGGUUAGCCCGUACGGUUAGGCUAGGGAUGCAAGACUAAUCGAUGAAUGAUGAUAGUAGACAGCGAGAUUGCGUGAGAGCGGGAAUGAAUGAUAAUGCGUAUAGCUUAACAAAACAGGUAAAAGAAAAGAGAGAUAAAAGCAGCAGGAAAGUAACACAAACAGAACAAUUCCACUUACACAGAUCUACCACUAGUUCGAGGGUAAUGCCAGACCACAGUUUUGCUGCUUUUAAGGGUUGAUGCAUGAAACAGAGCGAUACAAGUAAACUAUUUCCUUAAAACCUUUUUUUCAAAUCCCACCAGCAAUGGCUUCGAAACAGUGAAAACUAUCAGAGAUGUCUAGGUUGAUACGAUCUAAUCUUCCCGACGUUUGUACAGCCGAUUUGACAGAUGAACUAUCUGCUUCAUCUUCGUGGAGCCUUUGCACACACACUCGCGCACCUUUUGCUCGUUUAUUUCUAAUCUCCAUUUUAUUGUUACUCUUUUACCGACGUCUCCCUUCUAAUAACUGUAAGCCAUCAGUCUGUCUGUCUGUCUGAACCGUGCUCGAAACAGCGCCUACUGCGCGCCGAGCAACACACAACCCAAAGGCAGCUCCGCAUUAAAGGACCUCCUGGCGCGGCAGUUAAAUAGAAAUUCCCCCCUCGAAAAGCCACCCUUCGACCAAAAGCGGUUUCAUUUUGUGAGGGGAGCGUUCUGUGUAUUCCCAUUUACACACAUGCAAACACAAAGCCAAAAUACACACACACACACACACACACACACACACACACACACACACACACUUACAAGUGAGCGCGCGCCCGCGUUUGCAAUCGCGCUUCAGCUCCCAACGCUAGAAAGACUUGCGCGAGCGUGGCAGUGACGAACCCCUUGCCAGAGGAAAUAGAAUUUUCGUACGUCUUUUGCGCUGCGCAACAAAACCCAGCCGAAUCGAUCGGCGAAUCGGCACCGGCAAUCGAAUUACACGCCAAUAGAAGGCCGCACGUAAUCAAGCUUCAUACAAUAAGGAGUGGAUGAACGAGGGGGGGGAAUAAGAUUGAUUCGCACAGAUAGAAUAGAGCUGGAAAAUUGGAUCGAUUGAAUCGCGCGCGGUUGAUUUGAUUCACGCACGCGGGCAUGGUCUAGCCUUGUUUUUUUUUUUUGUUGCGCCUCUUGUCGUUUCCAUUUCGUUCGCCCGGUUUUCGGCACGGCUAGCGCGCGCCGAAGGGUGGACGACGCCAUCUUGUCAGCUUUGCGAACAGUUUCCGCUGCCGACAGCAGCGUGUGCUGCAUAAUUGUUACAUGCAAUUUUGCGUGCCUUCUUUUUGCUGUCCGAGGGCCCCAAAAGCUACCUUCCCUUGCUGCUGCUGCUGCUGCUGCAGAGAAGUAGAGCUUAGAAGCCACGCACCAUAAAUGCUAAAAUUUUGUGUGCAAGCGCAUUACCUCAUCCUGGAGAGGGGCAACGAUCCUCCUGCCCGUCGGUCAUCGUUGUCGUCGGUGCAGAAUAUUUCAAUUUUCUCACCUUUCCCCGUUUUUUUUGGAGGGUUAUUUUUCUUUUGCUAGUGGUGGUGAUGGUAGUGGUGGGAAAAAUAUUGUUUCUUCCUCCUCACUCCCGCCAUGCAAAAAAAAGGCUGGGGAGGCCAUUGCAAUUGUCCCUUGCGUGAUGGGCAUCUUUGAAAAGUCUGGAUUGGGGAGAGAGAGAGAGAGAGAGAGAGAGAGAGAGAGAGAGAGAGCGGCUGUCGCGUUUUUAAAACAAUUACCCGCCAGUCGCUGAGCCCGAGCAACCGUUGCCGCCCACCUCCCCCUCCCACCAUGUAGGCUGCAGAAGAAAGGCCACCAAACAUCACACACAUGCAAACAGGAAGACGGGCCUGUUUCGAAAGCACACGUUUCGAGUACAGGGACAGGGAUCUCUUGCACUCGCUCUCUCUAUCUCCCUCUCUCUCUCACUCUUUCCUGCCUUUUGGCGCAAAGUCCUGCCCGCCCCGAAAACUGACCACGACUCGAGCUGGCCGGUGCCGCUGCAUCGAAUAACCCCCGUUGGCUGUUCGAGGUCGUUUUACCGAGUGGCCUUUCCUUCCCUGCACGCGCGCACACGCUCCACAUUUUGUGCUGUUGUGCAGUUCCUUUUGGGUAGCUCUGGAUAUUGCAUUUAUUUUUGUGCGCUUCAUUUUUCGUGGUGGUGCUGCAGUUUCUUCUGGCUGGCUUGGCAUGGUUACCUCCAAUGUCCCCUCAAUGCGUCUCCCCCUCAAUUAGUGGUCCAGCUCGAGAAGACUCUAAUCCUCGCUACGGUCACAGUAUCCAAAACCCGAAAGGAAGGGGUGGGGAUCCUUCCCACCGAAACGGUUGGCUCAUAAUCUCGUGUGCGAUAUUUUCGCAUUUUAGCUUAUGCUUUAUGAAACUUAUCUUACCUGAGCACUCCACAGUCCUGGCCCAUACCCCACACACACACUGAUCUCCCACGAAAUGAGAAGGGUCCCACGAGGUGGGCAAACCGGCCGGAAUGCCCUUUGGCAGCGAGCGCGAGAGCGAGCUAAAGCCGAAUGAGGGAAGUUUGUCUGCACACACAAAAAAAAAAGCUCGAGCAAGGAAGAAACACGGCGGCGCGAUGAACGGUAACGCUGUGCUGUAGCUGUGUGUAUGCUGCUCUGCCGUUGGUGGACACGCAUGGGUCCCAUGCGCAAGCGCUUUCCGAGCGUAAUCUCGCAAAACUCGCCAUCGCAGCUAAUAUGCGCGAUAUUGUACCGUGCCCCGUGUGUUCCGUGCCACAACAAUUGACUACCGAGAGUGGCUGUACAAAGGGAGCGAGAGAAGGAGAGCAGGGAAGCGGCAGGGAAGAUAAGGAGAAAGAGUGUGCUUUUUCCCUCCGCAACGCGGGGUAACAACCGACGAUGACGCCGCUGCUGUUGCUGGCAGUAAUCGUGGCUAACCUCGCGAGAUAGACUGAUGAGCCCCAGGGAGCGAAGAAUUUUUGUACAAAGAAUAUCCGCAACCCCCCGCUUGUUCCCACUUCCCUUUCCCCACGUGUACCGUGGUCCCGUGCGCGGUCGUUCUUCUUUCAGGGUGGUGUGUAACGUGGUCUUGUUCAUGCUCCACAGAAGCAUAUCGGAACGGAACGCUCGGGUGCAGCAGAAAUGCAGCGGAAAUGUUGUGGGUGGCGGUGCUGUUGGACAGCGAAUGUGUUUGUUGUAAUGCGAGCUAUUAUUGUGGUUAAUUUUUCUUCACCGGGCCGGGAUAGGGGCUUGCCAUAUGGAAUUUCGAUACCAUUUGAUAGGAAAAGGGUCUUAAACGAGGGCGAUUGCGGAAGAACUAUGGCUUGUCUUGUAAAACGUGGGUUGUAUCACAUGUAAAGCGGGUUUUAGAUACUCUUUUUGGAGAAUAGUUUGAAAAAUAAUUAAAGAAUGGUUUGACACAUAAAAACUCGCUAGAUGGUUGAUGCAUCGCUAGCAGUAAUGAAUGUUGUUGUGCAAGGGAUCACACAAGUUCUAAACAUUUCAAAACUCUCACACCGUUGACCAGCCGGCUUUCCCAUAAUUCAGCGGCUUUAAAUGAUAGUGCGAUGGCGUCCCAAAGGGUGGGUGGCUUUUCAUGUGCAUCAAACCGCGGGAGCAAGCAAAAGCGUAGGGAUCCUCACUGCCCUCAACACUGUGGCCGUCUGCCGUCCUCGAAUAAUGUGGUGAGAAUAACAAGCAACAAGGGCAAAAGAACAGCAACGAUGUGCGAAAAACAAAA